AUGCGUGGUGAGCAAAGAGAGGACCAUUUAAAGAAAGGAUCAAAUGUCUCACCAUAUGAGGCUUUGUUUGCUGGGUCGAUCGCGGGUGGUGUAUCUAGAGCAAUCACAGCUCCUCUAGACACCAUCAAGAUACGACUACAGUUGGAGACGAGAGGUUUUCAUCAAAGGCUGUCUAUUGCCACGGUAGUCAAGAGCUUACUUAGAAAUGAGGGGGUGAUUGCCUUGUGGAAGGGAAAUGUACCUGCCGAAAUUCUAUACAUAUUGUAUGGUGGAGUUCAAUUCACAUCGUACUCUAUCUUGAGUACCAACCUUUCUCGACUUGAACAGCAUUACCAAAUCAAUUUAUCACCAGCAACACACUCGAUGGUAGUCGGAGCAGGCGCAGGAUUGGCAAGCACAUUAGCAACGUAUCCGUUUGACUUGCUACGCACAAGAUUAGUAGCAAAUAGGACAAGAGAUCUUAUUUCCAUGCGAAGUACAAUUGGGCAAAUUCUCAAAGCCGAAGGAAUCAGUGGGAUGUUUACUGGGAUCAAACCAGCCAUAAUUUCAGUUGCUUCAACUACUGGACUUAUGUUUUGGUCAUACGAGCUAGCGAGAUCAUUGUCGCAGGAAUACAAAAAUAUCCCAUUCAUAGAGGGUAUUUGUGGAUUCAUAGCUGGUGUGACAUCAAAAGGGAUUACAUUCCCACUCGACACUUUGAGAAAGAGAUGCCAAGUGUAUUCUAUUGUACAUGGUACCAGAUCUGUAGGAGCGUUGCGUCUUUUCUUUGAUAUAAUUAGACAAGAGGGUGUUUUUGGUCUUUACAGAGGUUAUAGUGUUAGUAUAUUGAAGACGGCUCCUACUAGUGCAUUAUCGUUGUGGAUCUACGAGUAUGCCAUUUCCUUUAUGAAAUCGACUCCAUUUCAUUAA